CCUCAAAAAUCAGUCUGAGGCAGACGGAAAAGGGUAAACCCGUGUCUACAGCAGCAAGUGCAGUCGAACGGAGAGGAUUUGUGCCGCCGACGCGCUGAUAACCACCGCACAGAUGCCUGGCCCUAGGCCAUAACGGAUAUCACCCGACAUUUAUUUGUUCAUAUCAUCGUAUGGUUUAGCUGUAGGACGUCGAAUAACAACCCUUUGGUUUCGCCGAGUCGCGCCAUCGCUGUUGGUCUUUCAUUUGGAGGGCUCGCCCUUUCUCCGGGAGUCUGAAUGGAAGCAGCAGCCGAGGGAGCAGUUGGGCUGUCAGAGGCGAGACCGUUAUCCGGGGCUACAGCAUCAGAGGAUGCGGACACUGUCAUUGGAAUUAGCUACGGAAGGGACAGUGACAUGGACUAUUCUGCUAGAAAAGCACACAUCACAGAGCUGCCUGGUGUCUCGGGUCUACCAGGCCAGGGGAAGAGGAUGGGCCACAGGGGAGUGGACGCGUCCGGAGAAACCACCUACAAGAAGACCACGUCCUCCGCCCUGAAAGGUGCCAUCCAGCUGGGCAUCGGCUACACGGUGGGCAACCUGAGCUCCAAGCCUGAGAGAGACGUCCUCAUGCAGGACUUCUAUGUGGUGGAGAGCAUCUUCUUCCCCAGUGAAGGCAGCAACCUGACUCCAGCCCACCACUUCCCAGACUUCCGCUUCAAGACGUAUGCUCCUGUGGCCUUCCGCUACUUCAGGGAGCUCUUUGGGAUCAGGCCUGAUGACUACCUGUACUCCCUGUGUAACGAGCCCCUGAUUGAGUUGUCCAACCCCGGGGCCAGUGGCUCUGUGUUCUACCUGACCAAGGACGAUGAGUUCAUUAUCAAGACCGUCAUGCACAAGGAGGCAGAGUUUCUGCAGAAGCUGCUGCCUGGAUACUACAUGAACCUCAACCAGAACCCUCGCACCCUGCUUCCCAAGUUCUUCGGCCUGUACUGCAUCCAAUCUGGCGGUAAGAACAUCCGCAUGGUGGUCAUGAACAAUGUUCUACCGCGCGCCGUCCGCAUGCACCUCAAGUUUGACCUGAAGGGCUCCACCUAUAAACGCUGUGCCUCCAAGAAGGAGAGACAGAAAGCCAAGCCCACCUUCAAAGACCUGGACUUCAUGCAGGACCUGCAGGAUGGCCUGAUGCUAGACCAGGAUAUGUACAGCGCUCUGGUCAAGACCCUGCAGAGAGACUGUUUGGUGCUGGAGAGCUUUAAGAUCAUGGACUACAGCUUGCUGCUGGGGGUCCAUAACAUCGACCAGGCAGAGAGGGAGCAGCAGAUGGAGGGAGGAGAGAAGGAUGAGAAGAGGCCCGUGGCCCAGAAGGCCCUCUACUCCACCGCCAUGGAGUCUAUUCAGGGAGGGGCUGCCUGCGGGGAGUCUAUCGAAACAGACGACACGAUGGGAGGCAUCCCAGCAGUCAAUGGGAAAGGAGAGCGUCUACUCCUCUACAUCGGAAUCAUAGACAUCCUGCAAUCCUACAGGCUAAUAAAGAAGCUGGAGCACACAUGGAAGGCUAUGGUUCAUGAUGGGGACACCGUAUCAGUCCACCGUCCUGGCUUCUAUGCAGACAGGUUCUUCAAAUUUAUGAGCAGCACUGUGUUUAAGAAGAGCUCAUCCUUGAAGUCUUCUCCCAUUAAGAAGGGCCGUGUGGGCCUGACGGUGACUAAGUACACUGGCCCCGGGGCCGCCUGGUCAGCCAGCCAGCUGCCUUCUGAGAGAGACGACAACAUCUACGACCUGAGAGGAGCACGCAGCUUCCCCACGCUGGAGGACGAGGGGCGACCAGACCUCCUCCCCUGCACCCCUCCGUCAUUUGAGGAGGCGACCACAGCCUCCAUCGCCACCACGCUCUCCUCCACCACCUCUCUGUCCAUCCCAGAGAGGUCUCCCUCGGACGCUGGAGCAGAGCACCCCCGCUACAGGUACCAGAACAACAGCUCUGAGAGAAGGAGGCACACCCAGUCUGUCAGCCAUGACGGGAGGACUCAGGAGGAGGUGCAUGAGGAGGAGCAGCAGACCAUCACGGUGGAGGUGGAGGUGAAGAGACACGACAGCGAGCCCACCAUCACGGCCCCACAGCCCUCUCCAGAGACCAGUGAGUUACCAGAAUUAGCCUCUGCUGCUGCCUCUCCCCCAGCCUCUGGGGCCCCUGCUGAAGCCUCUGCUGAGACCCCUGGCCCAGGGGCCACUGUCAGUCCCAAGGUUGUGGUUGUGGAGGCUGAGCGGGACCGCCGGGGCAGCACAGUGUCUGGGUCCGGAUGCACCAGCCAAGCCUCACAGGAUGACGAGGAUGACGUGCCAAUCACAGACAUCUACUUUCCCCCUGAGGACAAGACCUGGGUGUACUCCCCUCUGCACUACGGCAGUGAGUCUCAGACCUUGCCGGAUGGGGAGGAGAGCGAGACAAGCUGAGAGGAUGAUUCCGUGGAGAGAGGAGCCAUCAGACUGAUCCCCGGGCCUCUGAUUGGCAGGCAGUGGAAGCAUUCCAAUCCAGAACUGUAUUUUAAACCAUGGAUACAAAAACAAAACAGACUAAAUACUGUGAGGAAACCCCCUCGACAUCCCGUAGUCACAGUGGUGAUGAUAAUGUAUGAUCGAUUCCCCUCCUUUCAACCCACCCCAACCCCAAAUUGCCAUACCAGAAGAAAUGCAGGAACUCAAAUUGCUAGGCUACACAUCUAGCAUGCCCCAUAAAAACAUGGGCAUUGAGGCAACUCUGCUAAUCCUCUCACAUUCCCAAAUGUCAAUACAGUCAAAUGGUCACAUGUAUUUCAUUGAUAUCAUGUUAAUUUAUAUUGUGUUUUUUCUUAGUUUAUUAUUGUUUUUUAAAUCUUUUUUAUUUGUGCACUUUUUUCAGACAUUUUUUAGUACUGUGAAUAUAUUUAGUUAUGUUGUGUGCUUCAAAUGUAGCUCUAGCAGCAAUAUUAACGUUGUUUUGUAGCUCUAGCAGCAAUCUUAACGUCGCUAUCGAAGUGGUAUUUUACCGCUAUGUUGAAUGGUAUUUUACCACUAUGUUGAAUGGUACUUUACCACUAUGUUGAAUGGUAUUUUACCACUAUGUUGAAUGGUACUUUACCAUUGGAGAGGGAACACUUUAUUUCCAAUUGAUGAAAAAUGCUCUAUAGAAUGUGUUUCAGAAAACAUGACUUGGUAAAUCUCAUAAGCCUAAUGUAUUAUUUUACAGGUUUGUUUAUUCGUUGUUAUGUAUUUAUUUUGCCAUUUCUAUCACAGUAUUGCUACAGGCUUCUAGCCUCAAAACCAGAUCAUUGCAACACUAAAUAAGGUUGGGUAUUGUCAAUAAUUUCAAAAUCCUACAUCAUUACAAAGUCUUCCAGAACUGCCCAACUUUCAGAGAAAUGCAAACAAAUCAUUUUCUAAGCAUAAUGAUUCAUUGAGCUGUGUUAAUGUCAUGAAAUACCAAUAUUUCAGCAGUCAAAACUUGACUCUGAAUGUUAGCUCUGCUGGAGGGGAUUUAGGCUAAUGGAUUUGAUUACUUAAGCCAAAACACUCACCGUAUCACGUAUGUCCAGAAUUAAUUAAUACUUCUGUUAUUUAGUAAUAGUUCAUCUAAGAGGGAUUUCACACUGCUCUUAGACAGCACUUUUAUGUAUCAACCAUGAUCAGAUGUGAAAGUGAGGUCUUCAUCACAAUCAUCUGGUAUAGGAUUAGUGUUAUAGUAUUUAUGUGAAUUCCAUGUUUUAAGGUUUAAGUUGUGUUUCAAUAUGUUUUUAUUCCUUUUCUGUUUCACACUUGGCUGUUAAGUUAGUUGGUGUGUUUGUAUGUCUGUGCGGGACGGAAGGCGUCAAUGUCAAAACUUGUAAAAUACUGAUCAUUCUAUCAUAAUGUGCAGUGGCCAGUUGUAAUCAGUUGCUGUUGUCCAUGUCAUCAAGAGACCAUAGCAGCAGUAUGUUGUACAGUACAGGUGUAGUCUUAGUUUUAAUUGCCUUAUUGAGAAAUUAAAACGUAUCAUAUUGAUGUUUUUUUCAUAGUAGUGCUGUUGUAUUUAUUAUUUUCAAGUCCUUUUUUUCAAUACUGUAGUUGUGAGACAGAAAAUGUGUAUAUACAAUUAUAAAUACAUAUAUAAAGAUUAUAAAUAUAUUUUCCAUUUGAAUUGGAGAAUAUUAUUUUUAUUUGAUUACAUUUUUUGCUGCUGGCAGGAAAUGAUUAAGAGCUACACAUGAUUUACUGUACCAUGUUCUUCAAGGUGUUGACAUGAUGCAGCUCGAUUUAUGGUUUAUAAAUCACAGCUGUUUUCUUUUUUUUUUGUAUGAUAUCUGUUACUGAAGAGUUGUCAGUUUUACUGUACCAGUUUAGUGUACAUGUUUUCAAAUCACAGUGUGCCCUCCUUUACAGAGACAUAGCAUGGUUUAAAAAUGAAUAUGCAUAUCAGAAAUAUGUAUUUAUGUAUAUCUGUGUAUAUUCAUCUAUUUAUACACGAGGAUAAAUAGAUGGCUGUAUGUCUGUGUGUGUUUGGACUCUUACGAUGAGAAUGAAUAUAAAAUAAAGCAGUUCUAUGUCUAUGA